CUCUGAGUCCUUGUGCUUCCUCUGUUCCUCUGUGUAUUGGAGUUGUGUGCUUUUCUGAGUGGACCGAAGUGCUUGCUAUAGCAGCUGACGGGUAUACUGACCCUGUCUUCGUUUCACUUCUUCACCCACCAGCCCUGCCUGCUUUGACUAACUGACUCACUGGAUUUCCCCCAGCUUUUAUGCUCCUGUCUUUUAUUGUUCCCCCCUGAGGCUGUACACCUAGUGUUUCAGAGAGGACUCUGCCUUUACCGCUCUGUGGAUUCUACUAAAGGAUUUUUAUCCUACCUCUGGGGUUUGUGUGGUUUUAGUACAGUAUGUCAGAGAGAGUGAAUGUGGUGGUAUGUGUAAAUGUGUGUGAAGUUCUGUAUGUAGCUACUAUGUGUGAGUGAGUAAAAGUGUGUAUGCAUACUGAGGAACAGAAGGAGAAUAAUAGUUUUUGUUCCUGGAAUAGAUAGAUGGACAACUUGUUGGACAGUAGUAGUCUUGAGGAGGUAUCCAUGGGACACUUUGUGCUUCGGACAAUGACUGGGUCAGGUGGAUGCUGAGCGGGAACUCUGUUGCCCUGGAUACAGAAGGAGAGGUUCCAGUGCCAUUGUGAGAAGCUGCUUCAGUCCCAUCAGAGCUGAGAGGUGUACGGUACAGCAGACACAGAACGGGGAACGCCACACUUACCCGGAAGGCUGACAACCGAUUGGAGGGGAGCGUGACUACAACAACCCAACCCAUUCCAACGCUAGCCGUGCCAGGCUAGUGCCAACCCCAGGACGCCAUGAUGAUGACCGUGAUGAUGAUGAUGGCGAUGAUGGUGACAUGUACCUCCCUGCUCCUCUUGGGGCUCAUGGCCUCCCAGGUCUCGUCCAGCGGAAUCCCCAAGACCAGCGCCUCCUCUACACCCUCCUCGUCCUCCUCACACCCAUCCUCCUCCUCCUCCCCUCGCAUGAAGCUCUCCUACAAAGAGCUGCAGCAGUUCCAUGGUGUUCGGCGGUUCGAGUUGGAGCGCUCGUGCUGUUUCAGCGCUCUUUUAUUAGAUGAGGAGAGGGGACGGCUGUUCGUGGGCGCACGCAACUUCCUCUUGUCACUCAGCCUGGAUAACAUCGCCAAGCAGGAGCACAAGAUCUACUGGCCGGCCCCGGUGGACUGGAGGGAGGAGUGUAACUGGGCAGGAAAGGACAUCAAUACAGACUGUGUGAACUAUGUGAAGAUAGUGCACCACUACAACCGCACACACCUGUAUGCCUGUGGAACCGGGGCCUUCCACCCCACCUGCGCCUUCGUAGAGGUGGGACAGAAGAUGGAGGACUAUGUGUUCAGGAUUGACCCGUCCAAGAUGGAGGAUGGGAAAGGGAAGAGUCCAUAUGACCCCCGUCACCCUGCAGCCUCAGUACUGAUAGGUGAUGAGCUGUAUGCGGGUGUGGCCACAGACCUCAUGGGAAGAGACUUCACCAUCUUCCGCAGUCUGGGGGGACGACCGUCUAUCCGCACCGAACAACAUGACUCACGCUGGCUCAACGAGCCUAAGUUUGUGGGUUCGUUCUGGGUGCCAGAGAGUGAGAACCCAGACGAUGAUAAGAUCUUCUUCUUCUUCCGGGAGACGGCGGUGGAGGCUCAGGGCCUGGGGAAGUCCACCUACUCCCGUAUUGGACAGCUCUGCAGGAAUGAUAUGGGUGGCCAGCGUAGUCUGGUCAACAAGUGGACCACCUUCCUGAAGACUCGUCUCAUCUGUUCUGUGCCAGGCAGUGACGGCAGUGACACCUACUUUGACGAGCUCCGGGACGUGUUCCUGCUGCAGACCAGGGACAGGAAGAACCCUCUGGUCUACACCGUCUUCUCUACCUCUAGCAGUGUAUUCAAGGGAUCAGCCGUGUGUAUCUACACCAUGAAUGACAUCCGCAGGGCCUUCCUGGGGCCCUUCGCCCACAAAGAGGGGCCAAAUUAUCAGUGGGUCCCCUUUCAGGGCAAAGUCCCCUACCCACGCCCUGGCAUGUGCCCCAGCAAGACAUUCGGCAGCUUCGAGUCCACCAAGGGUUUCCCUGACGACGUGAUCCAGUUUGCGCGUCACCACCCUCUGAUGUUUAACCCUGUGUACCCCCUGAACCGCCGGCCAGUCUUCCUGAGGACCAACGUAGACUACAGCUUCACCCAGAUCGCUGUGGACCGGGUGGGCGCCGCCGAUGGGCAGUAUGACGUCAUGUUCAUUGGCACAGACAAAGGGACAGUGCUGAAGGUGAUCUCUGUACCUAAAGAGAGCUGGAAGAACAUGGAGGACCUUCUACUGGAAGAGCUAGAGGUGUUCAAGGAUGCCUCAUCCAUCAUUAACAUGCAGAUCUCCUCAAAGCGGCAACAGCUGUAUGUGGGUUCAGACACGGGGCUGGUCCAGGUUCCUUUGCAUCGCUGCAGUGUCUAUGGGAAGGCCUGUGCUGAGUGCUGCCUGGCCAGAGACCCAUACUGCGCCUGGGACGGCACCUCUUGCACCCGCUACCUCCCCAACACCAAACGGCGUUUCCGUCGUCAGGACGUGAGGAAUGGAGACCCCAACACCCUGUGUUCAGGAGACCACCACAAGCACCGCGUGGCAGAGAGGAGGCUAUUUGGGGUGGAGGGGAGCAGUACCUUCCUGGAGUGUAUACCCAAAUCCCUGCAGGCCAGAGUGACCUGGACCUUCCAGAAACACCCCCACAACCCCAGGGAAGAGCUGCGUCUAGAUGACCGUGUGCUGCAGACAGAGCGGGGACUGUUGGUGAGGAGGGUACUGAAGCGUGACGCUGGCCUCUACCAGUGCCACGCCAUGGAGCACGGCUUCACCCAGACCCUACUGGACAUCACACUUGAGGUAGUACCCUCCUCUUCCUCCUCCCCUUCUCCGCCCACUGACCCUCUCCUCCGAUUGGACCCCCGUAGCGGCGGCCCACCCUCCACCAAUCAGAAGAUGUGGUACCGGGACUUCAUGCAGCUGGUGGACCACCCCAAUCUUAGCACCGUGGACCAGAUCUGCGAGCAGGUGUGGGCGCGCAAGAAUGCCCAAUCGGAAAAGAGCUUCCCGGCUUCUCCCGCCAAACAGGCCCCGCCCCUCGGCCCUGUGAUCCAGGCCCCUAACAAGAAGUGGAAGCAUCUGCAGGACAUCCGCAAGGGGAGGAACCGCCGAACCCACAACGGGAAGCCCUCCCCACGAGUACCGCGAAGCGCAGGGGAGUAACAACAGAUAGCGAGAGGAGAGGGAGAAGGAGAGAGACUGAUACAGAGAGAGAAGAGGAAGAAGGAGAGAGACUGAUACAGAGAGA